GUGUGGGUGUGGAUAUCUCUUUCAAUUCCUUUUUAUUUCAUUCUGUGAAUUCAUGUUGUGGGAUGACAAGUGACCAACAAGUUCAUUCAGAAUUUCUUUGACCUUCAAUCGUUGACAUCAGCAUAUUUUAUUAGCCUUUAUUUCUGUUGGAGUCUUACUCAGAGAGUAAGAGAUGGGGACGGUUGUUGAUGACUUCAGACAACUAUUAAAAGACUGUGAGCUGUUUGUUUUUGAGAUACUCCAGGAUGAGAAUCUCAGUAAUCCUGCUCGAGAGGCCAGGGAAAUUCUCCUACGAAAUUUUCAUGUCAUCCAAAAGAGACACCCACAAGAAUUCCCCCACAGAUUUGAAUCCAAUCUUGAGGACAGUUCAGAUGACAACCACAGCUCCAGUCUGGGACGCUCUGCCCCCUCAGAUGAUAUGUCAGUGGCCUCUGACUACCAAGAGGAAGGUGCUCCUGAACUUUUUGAAGAGAUCCCUCUGGUGGCUGCACAGGACCUGAGUAACAUCCUAAAGCAAGGCUACGUGGAGAAGAAGAGACGUGAUCACAGUUUCUUCAGCAUGGAAUGGCAAAAGCGAUGGUGUGUGCUAAACAACACCAUAUUUUAUUACUUCGGGAGUGAGAAAGACAAGCAGCAGAAGGGCUCAUUUUAUAUUAAUGGCUACAGUGCAGAGCUGGUGCCCAGCUUACGCAAAGACUCCAAAAAGAAUUCGUGCUUUGAGUUGAGCGCUCCUGGAAGACGUUCUUACCAGUUCACUGCCAGCAGUCCCCAUGAGGCCAGGGAAUGGGUGGACCAGAUCAAUUUUGUUCUUAAGGAUCUGAGCUCUAACUUCAUCCCCUUUGAUGAUGAUGAGGAAGAGGAGGUGGAAGAAGAGGAAGAGACAUAUGAUGACAUUGAAGAAAAUGAUGAAUAUACUGACAAUGCGGAAGAGUGGACUGAAAAGUCUGGGACUUCAGAUUAUGCAAAUUAUUACCAAUGCUUGUGGGACUGUGAAGCUGAUGGACCCGAUGAGUUGGCCUUCCAGAGAGGAGAUGUCAUCUACAUCCUUAGCAAGGAAUAUAACAUCCAUGGAUGGUGGAUCGGAGAGCUGGAUGGUGCUAUUGGCAUAGUCCCCAAGGAGUUUUUACAUCCUGCUUAUAUUCUAUGAGGUUUGCUUUUUGUGAAGAUCACAGAAUGUUCAGUGUUAUAACACUUCAACACCUGUCAUGGUUUGGAAACUGGCAAUGAUUAGAUUAGAAUGUAAAUUCAAGUAAAAUUGCAUUUUAGUCCAUUUCUAGAACCUAAACCUUGAGACCAAAUCAGUUUUUUUUGUAUAUAAGCCUUGUUAUAUAUUGCAUGAUUAGUGUACACUAAGAGGCUUGUCUAAAUCUGUCACGGUUCUCUGAUUUGUUCAAACAUAAGCCACAUUUCUGCAAAUGGUAUACAUGAGAAAAAUGUCGGUAGUGCAAGAAUUUAUCACUUAUCAUCACAUAAAGUCUGUGUUGUAUUUCAUCAGCAUAAAUUAUUGAAAAAAUGUUUUUUUUUAAUGUACAAUUUAGGCCGUGACUACAAGCAGUAUUAUAAGUUAUUAUUUAGUAUG